AUUAUUAUUAUUUUAGGUCAACUCCGGUGCACACGCACUGUGAGGACCCGCCAAAUACACACCACAAGUAGACACAUGACAGGCCUGCUAGGCAACCAGUUUAGCUAGCUAGCUAGCUAACGUUAGUGUUGCAGGUAUAUUGUGGCUAGCGUUAGUUGUAAUCAUGUUUGUAGCGCGUAGUAUCGCAGCAGAUCAUAAAGAUCUAAUUCAUGAUGUGUCGUAUGAUUUUCACGGUCGGAGGAUGGCAACUUGCUCCAGUGACCAAAGUGUCAAGGUUUGGGACAGAAGUGAGAAUGGAGAGUGGCACUGCACAGCCAGCUGGAAGACACACAGUGGAUCAGUGUGGAGAGUGACCUGGGCUCACCCAGAAUUCGGGCAGGUUCUGGCCUCCUGCUCCUUCGACAGGACAGCUGCCGUCUGGGAAGAGAUUGUAGGGGAGUCCAACGACAAGCAGAGAGGACUGAGCCACUGGAUAAAGAGAACCACUCUAGUGGACAGUAGAACCUCAGUGACUGAUGUGAAGUUUGCCCCUAAACACAUGGGCCUGAUGUUGACCACCUGCUCUGCGGACGGAGUAGUGAGGAUCUACGAGGCUCCUGAUGUGAUGAACCUGAGUCAGUGGUCCCUGCAGCACGAGAUCUCCUGCAAGCUCAGCUGCAGCUGCAUCUCUUGGAACCCCUCAAGCUCUCGAGCCCACCCGCCAAUGUUUGCAGUGGGGAGCGAUGACAGUAAUGUGACGUAUGGUGGGAAAGUUCAGAUCUAUGAGUAUAAUGAAAAUACAAGGAAAUAUGCUAAAGCAGAGACGCUGAUGACCGUCACUGAUGCAGUCCAUGACAUUGCAUUUGCUCCAAACCUGGGGAGAUCUUUCCAUGUGCUCGCCAUUGCAACGAAAGAUGUCCGAAUCUUUAAGCUUGUUCCCAUGAGAUCUGACAGAAAGGAGAGCACCUCUACGGGACCCACCAAGUUGGAGGUGCAGAUUGUUGCUCAGUUUGACAACCAUAACUCCCAGGUGUGGCGUGUGAGCUGGAACAUCACCAGCACCCUGCUGGCCUCUUCCGGCGAUGAUGGCUGUGUGCGCCUCUGGAAAGCUAACUACAUGGACAACUGGAAGUGCACAGGCAUCCUGAAAGGAGACGGCAGCCCACUCACCAGCUCAUCUGGUCAGCCCACAGCCAUGAGUACCAUUGUUGGCUCCUCUGUUCAGACCUCCCAGAAUGCCCUGAACGGGAUGUCUGCAGGAAGGUAUUUCUUUCCGCCCCUGGAUCCUCCCAGAGCGGGGACCAGGUAUGGUCACCUGCUGCCUCCCUCCUCUCUCAUAGAGCACUGUGAUGCUGAGCCCAUUCAGCCUCAACAGGCUCUUCCCUACAGACUCUCCUCUAGAGCACUGCUGCCCUUACCAGAGGCUGAAGGACAGUGAUUUUUUUUUUUGUGGGUGUUUUAGCUCAAUAAGAAAGGAUGUGGUUGGGGGGAUGGGCAUGAACCACACAAGUGCCAUUCAUUUCUAAUAAAGAUCCUUUGAGAUUUGUCUA